AUGUCCGACGCGGCCAGCCUUCAGGAGCUUGUGCAGUUUCUGAGGGACAAGAACCCGCAAGUGCGCCAGAUCGCGCUAUCGCACUUGCUCCCUCAGACGCCCAAAGGAUCUCCUCAUCGAGACCUCUUCUACGCCGGGCUUUCUGGAGGAGGCCUGAAGAAAAAACAGGAGAACGAUCUCAUCAGGGAUAUAAAGAUACUGUGUAGAGACCAGCUGGCGACGGCGCACGAUGCGUUCAGAGCCCUCGUAAAUUUGACAGACAACUCCCUGCUCGUGGGAAGUCUGUCAGAGGUGCAGUUCAUGAAGUUUGUUGUAUCAUAUAUUAUCAACUACCAAGCCGUUCUCGCGGACCUCGCGUCGAUGCUGCUCUCAAACCUCACCGCCUCCGCCAGCGCGUGCUCCGUGCUCCUCAACCUCACCAUCCCCAUUCUCCCUGACCCCAAGUCUCCCCUGGGCGUUUUCCCCGUCGACUCCCGCUCGGGCACCUGUGGCGCGCCCGUACCGUACCCUGCCGGGGAGCCCAAGGAGGUCCUCGCGCUCCCGCUCCUCGUCGACAUCUUCGUCAAAGCCGCGCUCGUGUCCUCGGACACGGAUCGCGAGCAGCGGCCAUUCAAGGGCGAGAUGCACUUCCUCGCGAGCGUGUUCGCGAACCUCAGCGCGGCGACGACGGGACGGACGUUCUUCUUGACGCCGCGAUCGUCCGAUCCGUUCGGCGAGGACGCAAGCGCGGGGGUCGAGUACCCGCUGUCGAAACUCUUGGCGUUCACCGAGCACAAGGACUCGAUCCGGCGUGGCGGAGUUGCGUAUGCUAUCAAGAACUGUGCGUUCCAGGCGUCCGCGCAUCGGGCGCUGUUGUCGGAAGAGACCGAGAUGGUCGCAAUCCCUCCCUCUGCUGCAACCGCUCCGGGGAUCAACAUUAUUCCCUAUGUGUUGCUACCCCUUGCUGGGCCAGAGGAGUUUGACCUUGAGGAUCAAGAGAAGCUUCCGGACGCGCUACAAUUCCUACCUCCAAGCAAGAAGCGCGAAGCAGACCCGGCGGUCCGGUUAACGCACGUCGAAACGCUGCUCUUGCUGUGCACGACGCACUGGGGGCGCGCAUGGUUGCGCUCGCACGGUGUGUACGAGGUCGUGCGUGCCUUGCACGAAAACGAAGAGGUCGAGCGGGUGGCAGAGCACGUUGAGCGACUCGUGAAUAUCUUGAAGCGAGACGAAGGCAAGGACACAGUCCGUGACGGCGAGGACCUGGACGCGAUGUCUCGCAAAGAGGAAGACGACGAGGACAGCAGAAUAGAGGAGCUCUGA